GCGGCCCAUUCUGUGUGAUAAUUUCAUUUCUUUUCCUACGACACGUGAAUUGUGAAAAUCAUUCUUCCAAAAAUGUUGCGAACAUUAGCCUUCUUUCUGUACUGAUGGUUUCAAACUCUUCCGAAUGACACUAUGAGUGGGUCGGAAUUCUAGCCGGCCUUUCUUCACGUCACAUCAAACCACUGCUGCUAGAACUAACAGAGCCAUCCGAUGUGCGUGAAAGGUAAGAUGCUCUCAUGAAAUCUAGUCUAGUAACAAGUUUCAAAUGUACAUGAACGUGCGGUGAUUAUUCCAAAUAGAUGAAACAUAAAUCUUGCGAAGUACAGUGUAAGAAAGUGUUGUCAUGCCUCCUCCUCUGUAUAAUAUCCCAGAAACCCAACAUCUAUAUUCUUGGACGACGACGUAGACCGCUUCACUCUUAGAAGGUGGUCUCAAUUCUCCGCUUUGCGACGAAGAACAUAGUCGACUCCUCAGCGGUGUUUGAGAUUAAUAGCUGCUGCGGAAUGGUUCGGAAGUGAAUGUCCGGACGAUGACGAUCUCCAUCAAUUGCGAUUUUCGAGCUCUACUCUCGAUUCUGACCGACCUACGCAGGAGAUUGUGGACGAUGAUGGCGUCGUAUGCGUCUUUUGAUGCUGUGAACAAUUCGCCAAUGCCCGCUCCGAUGGCAUGGCGUGACAAAUGCAUCGAGAGGUCGGUGGGAUUUCUCGCGACAAUGCUCGUUCUGUGGUGGAAGGUCCCUGUGGCCUCUGCCAUGUACCUCGUGCUCGUCGCCUGGUCCUUCACAAUCUACGAGUCCGCUCUUGCGUCUCAGACUACUCCGAAGACGAGGCCGACCACAACUACGACACCAACCACAUCUGGUGCUGGAACUUCGACCCGCCUCCAAGAUCAGCAGCCAAUCCCGAGAGGAGACGGGGCUGGAACCCCUACCCACAGCCAAGACUUAUCUCGUUUGGCGAACACCACAAGAUUACGACACAUCAAGCAGGAAGGAAGGAAGGCAUGCCCCAGUUGCAUUUUUCCACAAGUGCUGCGACGAGCGGAGCUGUCCGAGCUCAACGUGCUCAUGCUCUUCGAGUAACUUCUUCAUGCAAAGGAUUAUAGGAAACGUAUGAGGAGAUCAGGCUAAUUUCAAGGUUAUCCUGUACUUGCCUGUUGGCUGUUCCAUCAUUGAGAGUCCGCUAACUCCGCUCACAUUUCCAGUGUUAAGAUUUUUGAGACGUACAUUGUCAAACUUUUUCAGCCUCCUCGUGCAAGAAGGGCAGAUGAAGCUUUGUCAACACUUUAGAGAACGGACCAUCUUCUAAUUUGGAUACCAUCUUCUAAUUUGGAGACUCUGAUGUACUGCAAGGCUUGUAGAUACACUUGUGACGAAGAUGCUGCUAUUCUUACUUCAAGUUGUAAUUCAUAAAAUCUUUGACAUCUUCUUUAAUCUCUGCAAAUCAAAAUAACAUUUUCUGUUGUAGGUGAUGAGAUUGUGAUUCCAGACAAGCUCUAGUAGUUGUCAACACUUGACCUCCAUGUGAUUAUUAAUCUUUUUAAAUUUAUACGAUGC